AUGUCAGGUUUAAGAACUACUGCAAAAUGUGUUAUCCACACAACAAAGGGCGAGUUAGAAGUCGAAUUAUGGGCUAAGGAGUGUCCAUUAACAUGCCGGUACUUUUUGGAAUCUAGUCAAAGAGGAAAUUUUAAUGGUGCUACAUUUAAUAAUUAUAUGAAGGGUAAAUACUUAUCUCUGGUACACCCUGCUGAUCAUUCAGAUAUCGAUGCAGUACGCUCUGUCGAAUAUAAUUCAAGACUGAUCGUAUCACAAGAUGGUAUACUAUGCUGGAAUUUAAAAGAGAAUACUUUAAUUAUUAGUACAAAAGAAUGGCCAAAUCACUCAAGAAAUGAAUUUACCGUAUUUGGUAAAAUUGUUGGACAAUCAAUAUAUACACUGAGAGGGUGGUUAACAAAUGAUUUAGAUGAUGACUCUGGGGGUACGAAAUUCAUAUAUCCUGCUAUUAUUAAAGGUAUUGAAAUUACAAUACCUUACUUCAAUGAUCUACGUGUCGAUGAGCCGGCAAAGAUGAAAUCAGUGUCAUUAACAGAACCUCCUCGAAAAAGAUUAAAAUCAAUGGCAAAAGUUAAAUUAAGUUUUGAUGAUGAUGAUGAAGGAGAAGAAAAUGAUGAUUCUGUAUUGUUAAAAUCAAAGAUAAAAAUGAAGGCAUCACCUUUAUUAAAUCGCAAACAAAAGAAACCUAGCACGAAGAAACAGGUAGAAUCUCAUGAGGUUGUUAAUAAAAAAGGUAAGGAAAUACCAAUGGAAAAGCUUUCUAAAAAUCUGCCACAGGACUCUGGUGAACCUGAAAAAUCUACUGAUACUGUAUCGACAAACCAGAAUGCAUUAUAUAAAAAAUUAGAUCCAAUGGCCCUUUUAGCUAAAAUGAAAGCAUCUAAUAAUGGUAAGAGUAUUUUUUCAUAA